CCAACGACUCAGCAAAAAGGGCUGUGAUGUGCUGGGGACAUUGAGCAAGCCUGGCCCCGCCUUCCUCUCGCCCCACACCUUCCGUUACUGAAAACCCAGAGUAAGAAGAAAAGGUUCCCCUGUUGGGACGGCAGGACCACGACAUGAUGUGGCGCUUCAACCUGCUCCUCUUCUGGGGGUGUUGUGUUCUAUUCAGCUGGAAAAUGCACACAGUGUCCACAGUGGAUCUAACGACAAUGGGUUUGAACGCGUGUGCUUACACCACCACAUGCCCAGCUUAUGCAACUUGCACCACCACUACGAACAGUUACUAUUGCACUUGCAAAAGAGGCUUCCGGGCUAGCAAUGGACAAAUGCAAUUCAAAGAUCCAGGAGUAAAAUGCAAUGAUAUUGAUGAAUGUUCUCAAAGCCCCCCAGUGUGUGGUCUUCAUGCAGUCUGCGAAAAUAUGAAGGGCAAAUACAAAUGCAGCUGUUUGCCUGGUUUCUCUUCUCCCACUGGAAAUAGCUGGAACCCGGGAAAGCCAGGCCGUUUUGCCUGUACAGACAUCGAUGAGUGCCUCACCAGUGGGGUCUGCCCUGAGCAUUCUCACUGUGCCAACUCUGUGGGAAGCUACAGUUGCAACUGCCAAGUUGGAUUCAUUGCUAGCAAGUCCACCUGUGAAGAUGUUGAUGAAUGUUCUCAAAGCCCCCCAAUAUGUGGUCCUCACUCAGUCUGCGAAAACAUGCUGGGGACAUACAAAUGCAGCUGUUUGCCUGGUUUCUCUUCUCCCACUGGAAAUGGCUGGAUCUGGGGAAAACCAGGCCAUUUUUCUUGUACAGAUGUUGAUGAAUGUUCUCAAAGCCCCCCAAUAUGUGGCCCCCACUCAGUCUGCGAAAACAUGCCAGGGACAUACAAAUGCAGCUGUUUGCCUGGUUUCUCUUCUCCCACUGGAAAUGGCUGGAUCCGGGCCAAGCCAGGCCAAUUUGCCUGUACAGACAUCGAUGAGUGUCUCACCAGUGGUGUCUGCCCUGAGCAUUCUCAUUGUGCCAACUCUGUGGGAAGCUACAGUUGCAACUGCCAAGUUGGAUUCAUUGCUAGCAAGUCCACCUGUGAAGAUGUUGAUGAAUGUUCUCAAAGCCCCCCAAUAUGUGGCCCCCACUCAGUCUGCGAAAACAUGCCAGGGACAUACAAAUGCAGCUGUUUGCCUGGUUUCUCUUCUCCCACUGGAAAUGGCUGGAUCCGGGCCAAGCCAGGCCAAUUUGCCUGUACAGACAUCGAUGAGUGCCUCACCAGUGGUGUCUGCCCUGAGCAUUCUCACUGUGCCAACUCUGUGGGAAGCUACAGUUGCAACUGCCAAGUUGGAUUCAUCGCUAGCAAGUCCACCUGUGAAGAUGUUGAUGAAUGUUCUCAAAGCCCCCAAAUAUGUGGCCCUCACUCAGUCUGCGAAAACAUGCUGGGGACAUACAAAUGCAGCUGUUUGCCUGGUUUCUCUUCUCCCACUGGAAAUGGCUGGAUCCCGGGCAAGCCAGGUCAUUUUGCCUGUACAGAGGUGAACGAAUGUGCCAACCCCAGAGCUUGCCCGGAGAACGCGACUUGUUAUAACACUCUUGGAAACUACUCUUGCGUCUGCAACCGAGGAUUUGAAUCCAGCAGCGGCUCCCUGAGUUUCCAGGGUGUGGGGGGAUCCUGUGAAGAUGUGGAUGAAUGCUCCAGGAACUCAACUCUUUGUGGUCCCAAUUCCAUCUGCAUCAACGUCCCGGGAGCAUACAGUUGCUCCUGCCUGGCUGGCUUCUUUUCACCCAAUUUUUGGACCCUCAAGGAUCCAGGGGCUUUUGAAUGUGUAGAUAUCGAUGAGUGUGCUUUCAAGACAUGCCCCGUCAAUGCAACCUGCACCAACACUCCCGGGAGCUACUUUUGCACCUGCCACCCUGGCUUCGUACCAAGCAAUAGACAGACGAAUUUCACAGACCAGAAAGUGAAAUGUAGAGAUAUCGAUGAGUGCUUCCAAGAUCCAUCACUGUGUGGUCCACAUUCUGUCUGCACCAAUGCCCUGGGCUCCUACAGCUGCAGCUGCAUGAUGGGCUUUCGUCCUGAUCCAGAACGCUUCCAGAAAUAUGGCAACCUCAGCUGUAAAAGACUUCCCUUCAAGUGUAUGGAAGAUGUGAUACCCAAUAAUAAACAGGUCCAGCAAUGCCAAGGGGGAGCAGCAUUGAAACCUGAAUAUGUCUCCUUUUGUGCACUGAUAAAUGCCAUCUUCAGCAUUCUGAAUGAUGUGUGUGAAAACAAAACCACUGUGGUUUCUCUGAAGAGUACGGCCAAGAGCCUUGCCCCUGUGCUUGAACGAGUAUCUACAUCUUCCAAAUUCACCAAGGAAAAGAUGUCCGCGCUGGGCACGGUCGUCCUGCAGAGUGUGGAAAGCACCGUAUUGGCAGCUCUUCUGGACCCCUCGGCGAACGUCAGUCAGACUAUUCGGACGGAAAACCUGGACAUUGAGAGCAAAGUUAUCAAUGAAGAAUGCACUAAACAGAAUAUAGUGUUUAACCUGAAAGCCAAAGGGGACGAGAUGAAGGUUGGGUGUUCCAUCAUUAAAGAAUCCGCAUCCACAGGGACCACCGGAGUGGCUUUUGUCUCCUUUGUGGGUAUGGAGGCUGUUUUAGAUGAACGUUUCUUCCAUGGCCUCCAGACCCCCUUGGCCGACUCCAAGACAAAACUGAAGAUCAAUUCUCGCGUUAUUGGGGGCAUCAUGACUGGGGAGAAGAAAAAGAACUUCUCAGACCCAGUCGUCUACACUUUGGAGAACAUCAAGCCAAAGCAGGAGUUAGAGAGUCCCAUUUGCGUUUCCUGGAGCACAGAUGUGAAGGGCGGGAGAUGGACAACCUCUGGCUGUGUGGUCCAGGAAGCUUCCGAGACACAUACUGUGUGCAGGUGCAAUCGGAUGGUGAAUCUUGCCGUCAUCAUGGCUUCCGGAGAGCUCACGAUGGAGUUCUCCUUGUAUGUCAUCAGCCACGUGGGCAUGAUCAUCUCCCUGGUGUGCCUCAUCUUGGCCAUUGCCACCUUCCUGCUGUGCCGCUCCAUUCAAAAUCGUAACACCUACCUCCACCUGAACCUCUGCAUUUGCCUCUUCUUGGCCGAGAUUCUCUUCCUCAUUGGUAUAGACAAGACUGAAAACCAGAUGGGCUGCGCCAUCAUCGCGGGUGCUCUGCACUACCUGUUCCUUGCCUGCUUCUUUUGGAUGCUGGUGGAGGCUGUGCUGCUUUUCCUGAUGGUCAGGAACCUGAAGGUGGUGAAUUACUUCGGCUCUCACAAUGUCAAGUUGCUGUACCUCUGUGCCUUUAGCUACGGACUCCCGGCACUGCUGGUGUUUGUCUCCGCCAGUGUGCAGCCGAAGGGCUACGGGAUGGAUGACCGCUGCUGGCUGGAUGCAAAGACGGGGUUCAUCUGGAGUUUCUUGGGGCCAGUUUGUGUAAUCAUAACGGUCAACUUCGUCCUCCUGACUUGGACAUUGUGCAUCCUGAGGCAGAAGCUUUCCAGUGUCAACGCCGAAGUCUCGACGCUAAAAGACACCAGGUUACUGACCUUCAAGGCCUUCGCCCAGCUCUUUGUCCUGGGCUGCAGCUGGGUGUUGGGCCUUUUCCAGAUUGGACCCAUAGCCAGUGUCAUGGCCUACCUGUUCACCAUCAUCAACAGCCUGCAGGGAGCCUUCAUCUUCCUGAUUCACUGUCUGCUCAGCCGCCAGGUACGUGAGGAAUAUAGGAGGUGGAUCACCAGGAAGACCAAGCCCAGUUCCCAGUCCCAGUCCUCGGUGAUCUUGCUGUCCUCUGUGCCAUCCACGUCCAAGACGGGUUAAAGUCCUUUCUUGCUUUCAAAUAUGCUAUGAGUAGGUACAGCAAGUGCCUACUCAGAAGUCUCUUCACAGCUUAACCUGCAAAUGAAGAAUCCCAUCAGCCCCAGAACUCGCUGGGUGAUUCCGAGCUUGGAUGCACGGGCCGUCUUCCCACAGUUUUACGCAGUGGUGAGAAACAAGAGUUUCUGCUCCAAAGAACCAUUUUGUCUUCUGUGUUCUGCAACUCUAUGAAUUUCCAGAGUUCUGGGAAAUAACAGAUCCCAGUUCUAUGACAUGGCCGAGAACAUCUGUCUACCGUUUUGUUUUCUCCUGCAUUCGUUGGUGCGAGGUUUUGAGCAUGUCUUGCUGCAUCUAUCGGGGCCUGACACAGAGCAGCUCUCAACAAAUCAGUUGUCGUCUUUGUGACUGAAUUACCCCAGGACAAAGAUUCUUCCUGCUUUUAACGACAUGGCCAGUGGAACUGUAGUGAGAGUCCCAAGGAACUGAUACAGCACAUAGACGCAUAGGCUACUUUGGCACAAACUUCCCCGUGAUGGUGGUUCCUGUGCCUCAUGUCUGCCAAAGUCCAUAAUGGUUUGGACGCAGACAGGAACAGUAGACAGGGUGGACAGAGACAUAAGAUCGGUAACAGUGGCAGCCAAUGUUAAGUGAGCAUUUACCCUGUCAAUCACCUUCCAGGUUCUAUAUCAUGGACCCUCCCCAACACUCCCAAGAAGCAGGCACUGUUCUCAGCCCUGUUUUACAAGAUGAGGAAACUGAAGGUCAGAGUGGUUCCAGGGCUUCCCCAAGAUUACACAACAGCUAAGGGGUAGAGCCUAACAUCUCGCUAUGCUAUGCUGCCAGUCUAGCAUUUUUCAUGAAGGGCUCCUACCCAAUUUAAAUUGUUGUCAUCUUGCUCCUUUGAGUGACACCAUGUUUGCUAAACUCAAUAGUCUUGAGGGCCAGAAAGUGGUGGCCUGUUUGGUGCCACAGAGAAAGAGAGGGAGUGAUUGUGGUAAGACUCCACCAUUGCCUGUUUGGAAUGAAUUACAUCGAUAUCUUCAUAAACACAUGCACGUGAAGUCAAAUAAGAGAUAUACUCAAUAUUGAAAGUUAAAAGAAAAUAGCCAUCCCAAUGAUCAAGAAUUUCACGGAGAUUUUGAGUUUUCUGCAAAUGAAUUUACCUAUGAAACUUUUUUCUAAUUUGAUUUUAUUAUCUUUUUAAGACCAUGUCUCAUUUUGCUUCAAAAAAAAAAAAAAAUCCCACACCUUUCCUUUACAUCUGGGUUUCUCAGCCUUGGCAUUAUUGACAUUUUGGGUGGAUAAUUCCUUAGUGUAAGGGAAUGCUCUUUGCAUUGUAGGAUGUCGAACAGCACCCCUGGCCUCCACCCACGAGAUGGCAGUAGUACCUUACGUCUUGGUCGUGACAAUCAAAAAUGUCCCCGGACAUUGUUGAAUAUUCCCCUGGGGGUCCCAGAAUCACUCCUUGUUGAGAACUGCUGCUUUAAAUGUCCUUUUUGGUUCCAAAGAAAUUAAACAUUGCAUCUAGAAACAAAUCGAAAUGGCAA